GGCUCUGGGCUGAUGCGGGGUAAUUCCUCUUCUGCAGUUACUUUUGGAUGGAAGUAUGCACUUUUCCCAAUAGAAGAUGGUAAUCUUGGAGAAUGACCAUGGAGAAGGGGAUGAGUUCUGGAGAAGGGCUGCCUUCCAGAUCAUCUCAAGUUUCGGCUGUUAAAACAACAGCGAAAGAGUUGGAAACGAAGCAGUCCCAUAAAGAGAAACGAGGGGGCUUUGUGUUGGUGCAUGCAGGUGCAGGUUAUCAUUCUGAAUCCAAAGCCAAGGAAUAUAAGCAUGUAUGCAAAAGAGCUUGUCAAAAGGCAAUUGAAAAGCUACAGGCUGGUGCUCUUGUGACAGAUGCAGUGACUGCAGCCCUGGUGGAGCUUGAGGAUUCUCCUUUUACAAAUGCAGGAAUGGGAUCUAAUCUAAAUCUCUUGGGUGAAAUUGAAUGUGAUGCCAGUAUAAUGGAUGGAAAAUCCUUGAACUUUGGAGCUGUUGGGGCACUGAGUGGAAUCAAGAACCCAGUCUCAGUUGCAAACAGACUCUUGUGUGAAGGGCAGAAGGGCAAACUCUCAGCCGGCCGAAUUCCUCCCUGCUUUUUAGUUGGAGAAGGAGCCUACAGAUGGGCAGUAGAUCAUGGAAUACCCUCUUGCCCUCCCAGCAUCAUGACCACAAGAUUCAGUUUAGCUGCUUUUAAAAGAAACAAGAGGAAACUAGAGCUGGCAGAAAGGGUGGAAACAGAUUUCAUUCAACUAAAGAAAAGAAGACAAUCAAGUGAAAAGGAGAACGACUCAGGUGCUUUGGACACAGUGGGCGCUGUGGUUGUGGACCACGAAGGGAAUGUGGCUGCCGCCGUCUCUAGUGGAGGCUUGGCCUUGAAACAUCCGGGGAGAGUUGGGCAGGCUGCUCUUUAUGGAUGUGGCUGCUGGGCUGAAAAUACUGGAGCUCAUAAUCCCUACUCCACAGCUGUGAGUACCUCAGGGUGUGGGGAGCAUCUCGUGCGCACCAUACUGGCUAGAGAAUGUUCACAUGCUCUACAAGCUGAAGAUGCCCACCAGGCUCUGCUGGAGACUAUGCAAAACAAGUUCAUCAGCUCACCUUUCCUGGCCAGCGAAGACGGCGUGCUCGGAGGGGUGAUUGUCCUCCGGUCCUGCUGGUGUUCUGCAGAGCCUGACUCUUCCCCAGAUAAGCAGACGCUUCUGGUGGAAUUUCUGUGGAGCCACACGACCGAGAGCAUGUGUGUUGGUUACAUGUCUGCCCAGGAUGGGAAGGCCAAGACUCAUAUUUCCAGACUCCCUCCCGGCGCGGUGGCCGGACAGUCCGUGGCCAUUGAAGGUGGGGUCUGCCGCCUGGAGAGCCCGGUGAGCUGAGCCUUCCAGCGGAACCCGGAGCGUCGAGGGCACCACCGAACCCGAGCUCCACGGGGUUCUAACGAAGUUGGAUGUUUUCCCUUCCUCAUUUCAUAACUUCUGUCGCAGCCUCUUGCGUCCGUCGCGACACUAGUGCUGCUGUAGUGAGCGCUUGGCGACACGCGGGUCUUGGGCGGGCGAGUGGGACGCUGUGUGUGUGAGUGUGUGUGCGUGCGUGUGCUCGCUUCUUCAAUGAAUUAGAAACUCCUUCUUAUUAUGUAACCUCAGACCAGGAAUGAUUAAAUCAUCUUCCCAAAAUGUGUGCUUUAACUGUUUACAGGUAAAACCUAAAGUUGCAGGAAACGGUUGAUUUCACAAAGCGGUACGGUCUGUGUUGAUGUAACAUGUAAUGUGUCUGAAACUGCAGAGGAAGUCUGCUUGUUGCAGUGAUUGACAGUGGCGUGCUCCUGAUCACAAUGCUAGGAACCAAGUGUUUUUAUUUGUUAGCCAGUUUAAGUGGAUCCUGUGGUGACUUAAACUGCUGUUCUCAUCCCUCAUAUGGGGCAUUUUUCUUUAACAAAGAAUGGUUUCAGUGAAACAAUCUAGCAGAGAAUUAAGGUCAGAACCUUUUUAAAUAAUAGUCUUAUUGAUAAAGUUUGUACUUCCUUCCUCAAGCUUUUCUAAGCUUAAAUCCUGCAUAGCUUCGAGCUGUGUGUACUGUAUUAUGAAAGAAUAUGUAAAGAGAACAUACAGUAAUGCAGUCCUUAAUCUGUGUAUAAUGGAAUGUUAUUUACAAUGUAACACUGUAAAUAAGAAAGCAAAAUUUAUGGGAAAAUUCAAUAUUAUCUUUGUCUCUUGUUUAAAUAUAUUUUUAAGAUAAAAGGCACAAAAAUAAAAGAAGCAUAUUACUGGAUAUAGGUGUGUGAUUCUCCUCUGACUAAUAAAUUAUCUUUUGAA